ACAACUGGCAAAAAAAGUACAGUCUAAAAAUUCACCGUCGACUUUGAGCACAAACAAUCGGCCGAAAACAAAGGCAAUGGUCGCGGCAAACGCUGCUAGGGUGAAGAAACGACAGCGAGAUCCUAGCGACUACGCUGCGUUUCCCGGGUUCAUCUCCACUUUCAAGGACGUCGAUGUCGAGAAAGGUGUGAAACGGAAAAGGAAGAAAUAUAUAAGGAAGAUUGGUCCCCCCCUACCCUGUCCACACUGCGAGAAGGUAUUUAAGACUCAAAAGGGCCUCAAUUAUCAUGUAUCUGCGAUGCACGGGGAGUCGAACCCGGCGCAGUGCAAGUGCUGCGGGAAGGUUUGUCGCAACGCCUUCGUCCUCAAGUGCCACGUCAUGUACUCACACGCUGGGAAGGAAAUGCGAACCUUGGACGAUUUCAACCCGGACUUGUAUUGCAAGCAGUGCGACAAGCACUUCUCAUCACAGAGAGUACUCAAGCAACAUCUGCUGGGCCUCAAGCACACGCCCAGGGAGCUAUACGCGUUUGAGUGUGACACGUGCAGUAAAAGGUUCCCGGAUAAGGGACCACUGCAGAAGCACAUCGACGUAGUGCAUCUCAACAUGAAGCCUCACGAGUGCCCGUCGUGCGACAAGCGCUACAGCCGGCGCUUUCAGGUGCGCCGGCACAUCGCAGCCGCGCACGCGCGCGCGCCCCGCUCGCGCGACCACGUGUGCCAUGUCUGCGGGAAGGCGUUCACGGUGGUGAGCACUCUCCGAGAGCACAUGUUCUCCCACAAAGGCGAACGUCCGUUCGUAUGCAAGCUCUGUCCGGCCACAUUCACCUAUUCCGCUGCACUGUUCACGCACAACAGGCUCAAACAUCUCAAGAUGAAAUGCAAACCGAAGAAGAAAGUACCGAAAGGAGACAAAGUAGAAGGAAAAAGGAAAAAAAGAGACAAAGUAGAAGGAAAAACGGAAAAAGGUGAUGAACUGGAAGGAAAAACGGAAAAAGGAGUUGAACUGGAAGGAAAAGUGGAAAAGGGAGACGCAAUAGAAGGAAAAACGGAAGAGAUAGAUGUUGAUCAGUUUUUUAAUAAAGCUUAGUGACGUCAUA